GCACUGCAUCCUGGGUACCUGACGACUUCUCUCAGUCAUGGCGUCCCGUGUCCUGCACCAGUGUGUCCGCUCUCUCGGCCGACCUUCGCUGCGGCUUCUGUCCACGAACCUGGCAGUGAGAGUCGCUCCGGUCUCUGCUGCAGCCGCUCUCCGACCUCUCUCCUUCACCGCGGCCAGCAGGAAGACGCGGUGGCUCGGUCAGAGCUCUAUAUCCUCAGGCGUGCUGUGCCGGCAAUACAGCGACCUGCCUCCUCUCACCCUUGAUACCAUCAAAGACCGAGUUAUGUAUGUCCUCAAGCUCUACGACAAGAUUAACCCCGAGAAGCUGCAGACGUCCUCCCACUUUAUGAAAGACUUGGGUCUGGACAGCCUGGACCAGGUGGAGAUCAUUAUGGCCAUGGAGGAUGAGUUCGGCUUUGAGAUUCCUGACGCGGAAGCCGAGAAGUUGAUGACUCCUUCGGAGAUUGUAAAUUACAUCGCAGACAAGAAGGAUGUUUAUGAAUAGAAAGAGAGAAGAAAAAAAAACCCAAAAGGGCCACACCAUCCAACCUCCACAGAAAGGUGGCACCAAAUAAUGUGUCCGUGUCCUCGCCGUUGGCGCUUCUCUAUUCGUGGUGUUGUCAGCAUCUGUUCCGGCUGCAGCGUCUUGCGUUUGUAUUUAAAUGAACGGCUCAUUUAAAAUGUCUUUGUUUUCCCCCUCCACACAUUUAAAUAAUUUCUUGAGUUGAUCAAUAAAGAUAUUGCCUCGGCAUAAGGCAU